GAUUUUUCAGCUGCAAUGUCUCCAUGGCAUUUAGUUUACUAGCGUCGCGCACCCUCUCGAGUGCGCACCAUGGUCACGACCUGUCGCCGCGCGUCGUUCGCUCAGCCUCGCUCGCUCAGCCGUUGGCCCAGUAUGCUGCGUCGAGGGCUACAGAAUCCAAGGCCUUCCGCCGUCACCAGUGCGGCGCGGGCUGGCGCCCUCUUUGCUGUGUCGCCUUGCUUGCGGGGCGGCGGCAGUAGGGUAUGCCGUGCUGUGGCCUCGACGGCCCCGCCAAACCUUGGGUGCCAUGAGAACCAAGACACCAACCUCAGCGCGCGCAUAGUGAAUGCGGCUGCACGAGUGGAGCGGCUGGCUGCCGCCGUCGUCACGGCGGCGGGCCCCGCUGCUGCGCAGCGCCUGCACCAGCGCCCACCCCCGGCCCACGACCCGCCCUCCCUCUUCCUGGACGCCCUGGACGUACUCAUGACAGCGGUGGCUGACGUACGCGCUUGCGCCGUACUGGCACAGCGGUACGACAGCGCGGUCGCCGCCGCCGCCACCCGAGCGCUCGACCGCCAGUCGCCGCCGCACAAUGGCGGCGGCGCCCGGAGCCGGCAAGCGGCUGACCCCGAUGCAGCCAGCGCGACGUCGGGGGCCGGCGAGGCGGCGGCGGCAGCGGCGAGGCUGGCGGCGGCGGUGGAGGGGCUAGUGGUGGCGGCGGCGGCGGAAGACACGGUGCUGCGCAGCCCCACCGUGUUCGCCGCACUGCAGGCGGCGGCAGCCGUGUCGGCUGACACACACGACAUUCGCAACAGCGCCGGAGGAGGCGGCGCAACUAGCAGCGGUGCAAGCGCUGGCCUGCCCCCUCACCGGCACGCCAUGGUGUCCGCGCUGGUGCCGCGCUUCGUGCGGCAGGGCUACCACCCGCCCUCGCCGCACGCCUACUCAGUGGCGCUGCGGGCGGAGGACAAGGCGGCGCUGCUGGAGGCGGCGCGGCGGCAGGAGCGGGCACUGCUGGCAGCGCUGGAGGGCCUGCUGGGACCCGCGCCGCCGCCGGCGCCGCCGCCGCCGCCGCCACCGCCACCGCUAGAGGCGGACCUUCAGCGAACAGCGCAGCCAACACACCAGCAGGCACAAGCAGCCGAUGCAGCCCAAGUCCCAUCGGACGAUGAGGCGGCCUGGCUGGACGCGCAGCUGGCGCAGCGCCUGGCGUUGGCAUCAUCAUCAGCAGCGGCGGCGGCGGGCGGGGCGAGAGGGGCGGCGCCGGGGCGGUCCGGGUUGGCGCUGUCGUACGAGUGGCCGUUGUACGACCUGGGCACGGAGGAGCUGCAGGAGGAUGCGGUGAUGGCGGACGUGGCGGCGGCGCAAUGGCGGCAGCAGGCAGCAGCCGAUGAGGGCAGUGGUGCAGAUGGCCUUGAUGUGGGCGGUGGAGUGGGGGCAGGGGCCGGCGGGCAGCUGCGCCUGACGCUGGAUGUGUGCGCUGGGCUGCUGCGGCGGCACCCGGACCCGGUGUUGAGGCAACAGGUGUACGAGGAGGGGCUGGUGCCGCUGGCCGCCGCCGCACUGGAGCUCAUGCAGCGGCUGCGGGACGUACGGGCGCAGCAGGCCGCGCUGUACGGCAUGUACGAGCACGACCUACUGCAUGCCGUACAACAGCAGGGGCCGUACGGGCAGGGGCCCGGCAAGGCGACGGCGGCGGCAGGCGGUGGUAGCAGCGGCGGCGGGCUGUGGGCGUCGCUGCUGCCGCCCAUGCCGCCGCCGCCGCCGCAGCCACUGGGCGCGGUUGCAGCGGCGGCUGCGGGGGCUGCGGCGGGUGCUGCCCCGGGCGCUGCCGGCCUGGCGCACCUGGACAGCCUGGCUGGUGACGGGCGGGCGGUGGCGCUGUUCCUGACGGACCUGGCGCGGGAGCUGGAGCCGCGGGUGGAGGCGCAGGUGCGCCAGCUGGCGGCCACCACCUGUGGCGCCCUGGCUGCGGGCGACGUUGAGUACGGCCUGAGGCAGCUGGCGUGGCGGCCGGGCGGCGCACGGGGCGGCGCACAGCACCAUGACGGGCUCCUGGCUGGUGCCGCGGACGCCGACCCGGUGUCGGCCUACCUGACUGACCCGGCGGCGCUGCUGGCGGGCGUGUCGGACUGGCUGGGCGGCUUCAUGGGCGUCAGGCUGGUGCGCCCGGGCGGCAGCAGCGGGGCAGGGCCGAGUGAGGCACGCCCACACACACGCGCACAUGCGGCUGGGCACUUGCGAGGGACGGCGGCCGCGGCAGCGUGCUGGGCGGGGGAGGCGGCGGCGCCGGCCGAUGUGGCGGCGCUGCUUGGCGACCUGCGGCUCGGGCUGCGGAACGCAGGAGCAGAGGGAGGAGGCGAAGGGGCAGGAGGUGGAGGGGAAGGGGCAGGAGGCGCCGGCGCCAGCAGCUGUGGGCACAGGGACGCGGCGCUGUCGACGCUGGCGGCUGCGGCGGCGCGUGAGCCGGGCCGCUUCCUGGCCUACCGCCUUGUGGUGGAGGAGGAGGAAGAGGAGGGGCGGGAGGAGGGGCAGGAGGCGGGGCGGGAGGUGGGCGGCAACAGGUCUGAGGACAAGAUGGAUGGGUGCGUGCCGGCCGGAGAGCCCGUGCGUCGGUGGCUGCUCAUUGACCUGUACGGCGGCGGGGGCACCCGGUACGUCCUGCCGCCCGUGGCCCCGCCCCUCAGCGGCCCCGCAGCAGCAGCAGCAGCAGGCAGCACCCACGGCGGCAACAGCGCGCAGCCGGCGGCCGUUGCCGUGCUCGUGGGCCUGCAGGGCGGCGCCGGGGCAGCCAGCAGCAGCAGCAGCAGCAGCAGUGGAGGCGGGCCUGGGGUGGGCGGUGCGGGCAUCGCCCAGGUGCGUGGCGGCCCCGGCGGGCGUGAGGGCACUGAGGCGGUGGGGCUGCUGGCUCGUGGCUCGGAGUUCGCGGUGUGGGAGCUGAUGCACGAGCUGGGACACGCCCUGCACUUCCUGCUGGCCGCCGCGCCGCCGCCGCCGCCGCCACCGUCCCAGACUGCUGGUGGGGAGGAGCAGGGGCAUGAGGCCGUGCAUGCGUCCAACUGCGCAACAGCCGGGCAGCGGGCAGGCGUGGACAUGGGCGUGGCGGCAGCGGGGGAACGCCGACGCGAUGAGCCCCAGGCGCCGGCACCGGCUGCAGGCGGCAGCCCCGGCCCCAGCCCCGGCCCCAGCGGCAGCGGUGCGGCUGGGCUGUGUGGGUCGCUGUGGCGGCUGCCCUACCUGCUGCCGCUGGAGCUGGUGGAGCUGCCGGCCUGUCUGAUGGAGCGGGCGGCGGCGGAGCCGGGCGUGGCGGCCGUGCUGCUGGCGCACUGCAGGGACGCCGAGGGGCGACCGCCGCCGCCUGCAGUCGCCGAGGCACUGGCACACGCGGUGCGGGUGAUGCACUUCAGCCCCGUCAGCGUGCAGGUGCAGGUGCUGUCCUCGCUGCUGGACCAGCUGCUGCUGGCGUCGGAGCGCCGGGCGCCGGGCGCGGCGCAGCGCCUGUGGCCGCAGCUGCUGCAGGCCUUCGCACCGUCCCUGCCAGCGGCGGCCACCACCCAGCAGCUGCACGCCCUGCCGCGGCUGGCGAGUGCGGGCGGCCAGGCGGCGGCCUACCCCAUGGCGGCCUUCCUGGCGGCGCAGCUGUGGGCGGCAGCGGCGGCAGGGGAGGCGCCAGCGGCGGCGUCUGCAGGCGAGGGGGAGCGGGCCGGGGGGGAAGCAGCGAGCCGGCACUUGAAUGCGCUGCGCGCCGGGCCUUGCGGCAGCAGCAAGGGCCGCGCGCUGCGUCGACUGCUGUUCGAGAGCGGCGGCGGUCAGCCGGCGGCGGAGCUGCUGCGGCGAGUCAUGGGCUGGGGGGCUGAGGCGCUGGCGGACGGAGGUGGGGGGCAAGUCGUUGCUGGAGGCGGGGGCGGGGGCACACGGGGCGAUGGUGGGCAUGAGGGGAGGGGCGCAGCUGCGUACGGCCGUGUGGGGCCUGUGGCUGGAGGGGGCAAUGGGCCGCCCAUGCUGAUGACUGUGCCGGGUGGGGGCUGCGUGCCUUGCGUGACGCCAGAGCGUGUGGAGCGGUGGGUUGGUGCGGCAUAGCGGGGCCGCACUGGAACUACGUGGCACGGUAGCAGCAAUGCAGCAUGGGAGCGUUGUGGCGGCUGGGGUGAGGCGGGGGGAGGUGGGGGUGCACCCGCUCCAUGGCCUGCACCUUGCAUAGCAGGGGAAAUACUGUUCUGGGCGUAGACCAAACACUUUGCUGCUCCGUGUGGGAACGCAGCGAGUGCGAGCGAGCUUCGGAUGCCGCCGGUCGGCUGGAUAGUGCCAGUCCGCUGGCGAGGGUGGGCUGUGAACAAAUAAGGCAGCAUGAGCCUCCCCUAGCCCCUGGGUUCUGCGGCGCUGACGCGCCAGAUGACUACUGCGUCUCCGCGUUC